GAGUGCUUUUAUUUUCCGAAUCUUUUCUCCUCUUGCGCGGAUGCCAAGUGGAAGCAAGAGUAUCCAUUCGGAAAAUGGGACACGGGAUGGAGCCCUUGAUGGAAAAGAAUUCCUCUCUCUUUGCGUAGAACGUCAGAUGAUAUGCAGAUGGAACAUGUGAGAAAUUAUCCGGCAGGGGACUUGUUGGUGCCGCAGAAACUGUGUGGGAUGUUUUAAUUGUCGUCAGUUCUGAAUGAUAUGUAAUGUAGAAAUUGCUUGAAACUUUCAAUAGGAAUUUAUUUUAUUUAUUCAUUAUUCUGAAUGACUGCCUGUUGAAUGAUUAGCCAAGGCUGAUAAAGUGCUCUGAAUGACAGAAUUUUUUUUAAAUAUAUUCGUCAGAAAAGAUAACGAUUAAAUUUUCGUCCUUGAGAGAAAAGUAACUACUUUUCAACUAUCUGCUAUUUUAUUUCAAAUCUAUUAUUCAGCUGAAAGAUGAACAAAAUAACAUUGUUUUAAAAUAUUUGAAUCUAAAAAGUUUAUAAAAUAAAAAUGGCUGACACGCUCACGAACAAUAUUUCGAAUGGAACCGUUUAUGACAAAGAAUCCAACGAAGCAACCAAGCAUUGCUUUAAGCAUGCAACUGAAAAUUUAUCUCAAGUAUCAAAACCUGAUGCCGAUUCGGAACAUGAAAUAUGUGAAGGAUGCUCAAAAACCAUAUUGUCGUAUAUAUCUCUUAUACAAGACAUGCUUAAUGGAUUGGCCAGGAAGCUUUCCAAAGAUGAAACUCCUACUAACUGUUUUCAGUGUCUGAAACAAGAAUCUCGGGGCGCAGAAGAUAUUCCACCUGGAGAGAAUAUCGAGGAUAAUAAUUUAAAAAGUGAAAUUUUGACUAAUUUGAAUGGAAUAGCCAAUGGGGAAUGUGAAACACUACCUCCUGUGUCUACUGUUGCGGAACAAAAAGACGAAAUACAAACCAAUCAAAACAUAGAAGAGCACAGCAGCUCAUCGGUCACGAAUGCAGCAGAAACGACAUCAGAACCUAAGAAACCAAAGAAGGUGUCCAGUAGACGAAACAGUCGCCGCAUUUCUAGGGAAAUGAAAGAAAAUGGCCAUGAAGUCUUUUCUGAAAAUUCAGCCAACAGAAAUGGUUGGCAAACAGACUUUUUGUAUAAUGUUUCUUCUUCAAUUGAUCCAAAAUACAUACCAUAUAGCCAACAACAAGAAAAUGAGCAUCCAGUUACUGCGAAUUUAAAUAAAAGGGGUAGUUCACAAGAUGAUACACUUCUGAAUAAUAAAGAAAAUGCAUCAUUCAUUAAUUAUAAUUCUCGUUUUAACUCUUCAGAUACUUCGCCACUUACUCCUAGUUCUCCUACUUUAUUCUUUGCUAAUUUUGGCUCACCACCAACUGCAAACUCUGAUAAAUCAACUGAGAACAUCCAUUUCAACAAAACCAAGACAAUUGAUUCUAGUAUAUUCGAUUACUCCGCCACUGAAAGUAAUUCCAGUUACCAUAAAUCAGAGGCAAACUAUUUUGAUAAACCUGAUUUCUCCUCCAUGGAAAAUGCUUUGAAUCGCCUUGAAGUAGACGAAUCUGCGAAAUCCGAUUACUCAGUCACUGAAAGUCGCUUCGAAGCAGAUGUAGAUGAUUCUUCAAAAUCCGAUUACUCUGGUACUGAAAGUGUAGAAAGAAAAGUAGAUCGCAUGAGCAUGAAGCCUAUCCAAAGUGAAAAACAAGCUGAUCAAAAUAUAGAGCAGUGGAAAACUCUACAUGAUUCAUUUAGUGAUUGUGUUACUACAACUUCUGAUCGGAAAUCUUCGGAAGCUUUCGUUACCAUUUGUCGAAACAAUGCCGAAGCAUUGGGAUGUCUGGUUCUUGGCAGUUCGCUUCUUCUCAGUCGCACAUCAAGAAAACUUUGUGUUCUGGUUUUUGAUGAUGUUGACCCUGCCUUCAAGGAACCAUUGUCUUCCGUAUUCCAUGUUGUACAGCACGUGAAACAUCUAAACUCGAUAGAUGAAAGAAAACUAGAAUACCUGAAAAAAAUGAAUUUAGAAAAAAUAUGUAUUUGGGGUCUCGUUCAGUUUUCGAAAUGUGUUUUUCUGAAUCCAGAUUGUUUGAUUAUUCGCAAUUGCGAUGAAUUAUUCCAGCAUGAAGAAUUAUCCGCCGUUCCAGACAUUGGCUGGCCGGAUUGUUUCAAUGCGGGUGUUUUUGUUUUCAGGCCAUCCGUUGACACACUUGCGAAACUUGUGGAACUUUCUCAAAAGCAAGGACAAAAUAAUGAGGGAGAUCAGAUGUUGUUGAACGCUUACUUCCAUUCCUGGUCAUCUGAUAUUGGCAAGAAGCUGUCUUUCAUAUACAACCUGAUGCGUAAUGCUAGUUACACUUAUGGUCCUGCUUUUCAAAGGUUCGGACACAACGUAAAAAUUGUCCAAUUCCUCGGUGGUUCUAAACCAUGGGAGGUGAAAUUCUUCACUGAAAGUGGUCAGCUUGAUGGUGAUGUGAAUGUUCAUCCCAAGCAUGUUCGAUUUUUUUCGGAAUGGAUCAAUACAUUUAAAAUCGCCGUUCUGAAACUGUUCCCUCAGGAUGUAUAUGAUUAUGCCUUCAGUCAAAAGUCUGUAUCUGCUGAGGACAUCGGACUUGCUCUAUGUUUUCCAGCUCCUUGUAAAAACUUUGAUAAAAUUUCAGCCAAACCUUCCCAUAUUUUACCGAAACGACAGACGGUUCCGCCAUUCUACAUAGCUGCAUCUCCUCCAAGAACUGCAAUAUGCGAUAAUACAUCUUUACCAGCUCCCAUCUGUUGCCAAUUUUCCGAUCUGAAUUCAGUCGAAGAAGCAACAGAGAAACUUAUCAACAUCGGCCAUGUUGAACAGAAUGGAAUAAUAGAAACUGGAGAACAAAAUGGCAAAAUGGAAAGUGAAACUGCAAUGACCGAUUUGCAAUUUGACAGAUGUCUCCCGGGAGCGAUUAUUGGUGAUUAUCAAGGAAUGAUGGCUUGGGAGCAGGGACAUAUUGACUAUGAAGGAUGUGAUAGCUCUGAAAAUAUUAUGAACAGGUUGAGUUUCUUGAUACAUCGCUCUGUGCCACCAAAUCUCUGAUGUUAUUUAUUGCAUCAAAAUGACUUUUGAAGCUCUUAAUUAAUCUUCUCUUCAUGUAUGAUUAAUAAAAUAUUUUCUGGAAUA